AUUCAACCUCAUGAUGUUCCGCGACAUCACCUACGGUCCACAAGAAGCGGAGUUGAGAUUCCGACUCCUCCACUUUUGGGAAGCUCGCGUGCCGGGGAAGAACACACUGCUGGGUCUGGAACUGCUUCUCAUUGACGAACAUGGAACCGUUAUCAAGGGUUUUAUUUCAUCCGGAAGAAUCAACAAGUUCCGUCCCCAGUUAAGAGAAGAGGCUCUCUACAGUUUGGUGAACUUCUAUGGAUCGAGAAGCAAGAAUGAGUUUUGUGUUGCUGCACAUAACGUCACCGUCUCCUUCUCUCACCCCUCUGAGCUUUCCAUCAUUGAGGACAGCCAUGUUGCAUUUCCGGUUCUAUUCGUACGAGGAGUUCGAAGCCAACUGCGAUGCCAAAGGUGAUUUGUAUGAUGUUGUGGGACAUAUGAAGUUGGUCAACGGGCAGAGUAUGAUUGGGAAACCGACCAUUGAGGUGUCGGAGGUAGCUACCAGUAGGCGCAUGGUGGUGCACAUUCAGCGACAUGAGGGACCUGUAAUGAAGUUGUAUCUGUGGAAUGACGCUGCUAUUGAGUUCUGUCAAAAGUUCCGUGCUUUUGAAAGCCCUCCAUCUGUGGUGUUGGUGACAACCGUCAAUCCUAAGCUUUUAGGAGGCACCUUGGCUCUCUCUUCCAUGUCCUCUUCCCGAGUGUUUUUCGAUGGCGAUGUCCAGCCAACAAGGGAUUACUUAGCUUGGUUGGUCUCUCAUCCUGAUGUUGCGAACCAAGUGAAUGCUGAAGUUGUGACUAAGAGAGAGGCUGCAACAAUAGGAGAGAUUUUUGCAUACAUGAAGCAGGACUCAGCUAAGCCUACUUUUUUUGAAUGCACGGCCACAAUCGAUGACGUAGUGCAUGAUGCUGCAUGGUACUACAUCGGAUGCAGUAGCUGCAAGAGUAAGGCAACCAGAGGUGCAACCUCUCUCAUGUGUGGCAAAUGCGGGAAAAAUGAUAUCACUGGGGAGGCUCAAUACCUUGCAAAGCUCUCUGUUUAUGACAAGAGUGAAGAAGCAGUGUUUGUCCUACUUGGUGAUGCUGGAUCUGAGCUAACUGGGAAGCCAGCGUCUGAGUUGGUGAGAAACUAUUUUGAGGCUAAUGGAGACAAGGAAGCUGGAACUCAGGUGCCUGUUCCACAAGCCUUACUUAGCACAGUUGGGCAGACACACCAUUUCAGUGUUAAAGUUUCAGAGCACAAUCUCUCAGGAAAAAGCAGAUCAAUAACAGUUACCAAGAUUCUGCAUUUACCUGCUCCACCGACUGAGGAACCCUUGCCUACUGCAGAUGGCGAUGGUGUGAUAUUGGAAGGCUCUGAGGAUUCUGAAACCAUGGGGGCUAAGGAGCUGGGUGAUGGUACUGAGUUUGGAAACAACAAACGUAUUAAGCGUGGGGAUUAAGGGUUCAAUUCUUCAGCAGAAGGAUUAGAUGGGUUAUCUUUAUCUUUAUUUGCAAGUUUUAUUUCUUGUUUGACUAUUUCUACAUUCCAGAUUGUUGAGUUUUAAAACUUCUUUGGAUGGGUUUAUUUACCUUUCAACUUUUGCUAAGUUUGUUGUGUCCCAAAAGUUUUUUAAAUGGAUUUAUUUAUUUAACUUA